GUGAUCAUUGUGGAAUCCGGUUAUCAUAAAUUUCCUCGCUUACGCGGCCCCUUACAAUUGGCUCUAUGGUUUCAGUGGACGACCCCUGUUCUUUACUUACUCAUGUCAGGAAGUGUUUCAUGUCUGCAGAUGAUUCGGGAUUUUGCGAGUUAUUGCUUUCUAAGCAUGAGACAAUAACUAAGGAUCAACGGAAUAUUUUCUUAGACGAAGGGCAUGAAGGCUUCUCAGUGGACUGUGAUGCCGAAAACAAUGCCAGAUUCUCACCCGAAUGUCCCUUUUUCGACUUAGUUGAAAAUUUAUGGACAGAUAGGUCGGUGGAUACCUUGUCUGACUACCCUGAUCUGAGAAGCACGCCAUCAAGCAUGACGAGGAACUUGACAGAUGCGGAAAUUGAGCGUUAUUUCCCCGUGAAGCCGCCUCCUUGCCAUGACUCUGCAAUUCUUUCAUCCUCACCAAAGAAAUCAAGCUUGACUUUGGCGUUAGAGCAGGCCACCGUUGAUGGAAGGCUUUUGAAAACAGGUUUAUUUGCUGAUUACUCCAAGUACGAUGGUCGCCCCGCCGCGCUGCAGAGGCAGAGCGCAUCUGUUAACAUUUCGAACGACCCUUCUAGUCGGUGCUUUACAGUUUGGUUUUGGCAUGUGUUGGACAUCCCGAAGAUUUCUAUCUGCGUUCAACCAUGCACUGGUACUACUGUGGCACAGUUCAUUGGCUUGAGUCUUUGGCAGUACUUUAACGAUGCAGUAUCUUCUGGACAUAGUCCGAUAUUGCCUCAUACUAUUGAACGUCUUGAUGAAAAACUUGUCGAUCGAAUUUCAGUUUACUUCCUUGACUCCCCGGAUGAAGGUGUGGACUCUGAUUUUCCACCCUUGGAAUCCUCGGAUUUAAUCCACAAGUAUGAAUUCGAGGCGUUGGCCCUUGUCGAACGUGAACAUGUGGCUCUAGUUGAUCUCAAUCGCAAAGAAAGUUCCUCGGUAUUUGUAACAAUUCACAUGGCCCAGGGGGUCAGCACUUAUCGAUUCACAACCGACGCGCGUCUCAGCGAAGUUUUGGAGCGAGUCGUACAUCGGCGAGACCUUCGGCAGCACGGCGGAUAUGAGUACCACUUAGAGAGUUGGCCGUUUUCUGGCGAUACAGUUGGUGCACUCCCACAACAACCACUGAGUACUCAUGAUCAGUUUAGCAAUGGACGCAGAUUGGACCUUCAUCUGCGACUUAGAGAUGUUAUCGAUGCAGGAUUUCCACUUCGGUUUGUGUUAAUCCGAGAUAACAGUCGAUUUGAUCCGGUGUCGGUCGGCUGGGCCGUCGACGACGAUUAUGCACCUGCAAAGUCAUGCGUGCCACCGGAAAGAUUGCGUGCAGCACUUCAGCUCCGCCAAUACCGUGUUACUUGGCUUAAGGGUUUGUUUCCCCGAGAAGUCCAACUAACUGUAUCUGCCGAUGGGAUACGUAUUGACUAUGUAACCACUAUUCGACGUCCUAAGUUGUUCUCCAAACCUACGAGACCCGUGAUUCUGGGAUUAGAACAGUUGGCUGAUUGCCACUUGAUUUGCCCCAGUUCGAGUGGCACAUGCGCACCAACACAGGAGCUUGCUACGACCAUGUCCGAUAACGCUGCUUAUGUGUCCGAAAAGGUGCAGAUUCGAGUUGCUCACUUGGUAAGUAGAUUACUGCAGUGGAUCCAACGCUAUCUAUCCUCUAAAUGCCAUUCCAUUUCCAGCAACUAGAGUCUUUUUCAAUUCCCAACAGUCCAAAGUACGGUAAAGUUGGUGGCUCGAUCGAUUCAGCUAAGAUUUGUUGUCACAUGAUUGUCCUUCUGGCAUUUUCAUUUCCAAACAUUCACUUCUCACUUCACAUGGCCUACAUGCAAUCGUGAUUCUGCGUAUGACCUUUUUCAGCCUCUAUUAGCCCAAUCCGAUUGCAUUCUUUUUAGAAGUUUAGAGGCAUUUCCCUAGAAGAAACUACGCCUACCACAUCAUCGCUUGAAGGCGGCGUUUAUGGUCCAGUAACUACGAGCAGCAAGUCUCUCGAAGGGAAAGGAAACGCAGCCGGCUUUCAAUACCUAUGGUUUGAAUCACAAUGGACCCGUGCGCGGGCUAUUUUUAAUCAAUUGAAUUUGAUUCUUGAACAUCGCGGUGGCAAGGCUCGACAGCUCUACAUGAGGCACCACUUGACCUCAUGACCAGCACACUUGGAUUUAUUGACUCCAACAUGCAAUGUUAUUUUUACACUUUACUAAACCUUUCUUAAUAUAUUUGACCUCUUUGA